CUAGUAAGCUGCUGGGCAGCACGGCCACCUUCGCACUAUCGACUUUAAUAUCACGGUGUCGACUAAUACUACUUCGACCAUGUUUUUCAAGAACGCUCUUGUAGGCGCUCUGCUUGCUGCUGGACACGCAACUGCUUUCAAGGGCCCUCAAGUGAACGCCCUUCUUCAACCAGGCCAGGACGUGGAGGAGGUACUUCGACGGGAUGCAGAACUCAUGGCAACCCUUACACAAAGACAAGACGCCAACGCGGCAGACACAGCGCCACUAGCAUCGCUCACACCCGCGACUGGCGAUGCGUCGGGUGUGGAUCAGGCGAAGUGGGAGGAACAGACAAAGCAAGCAUGUAUGAGUACGCUGAGCAACCUCAACGGCCAAGCAUCGAACCCGAGCGGAAUUGCUGUAUGCUACAACCUACCCUUCCUCGACAACAAGACGGGUGUCUUUCAGGCGGAGCUCCGAAUGUAUAAUGUAUCAGCUCCCAUCAACCCGUGGGUUGGCGUAACCGCAGCCGAUGUCAGUAUGACACUCUCGUACCUUGGCGCGACUGUGCAGAACAUGCAAGGCAACUUCACGAAGCGCGACCUCAACUGGCCGGUCAGUGAUGGUAUGCUAGUCGAGAGGCAGGACAUCAACACUAUGACGGAGUUGAAGGUCCUCAUGUAUGUUGGGCGGAUCAAUGAGAACUUGAUGGGCUCAGCCAUGACCCAAGAAUCCCUACAGCCCCUUCUCAUCCCACAAAUCGACCUCGCUGCGCGAAACCCCGCUACUGGUCAAGACGUCGAAACUACCCUCUCUUCCCAGGAGGCAUCCUUCGUUAAUGGCAUCUUCUCUAAGGCAGGCACCGCUCCCACCAAUGCAGACCCCCAAGCAGCAGCAUCCGCAUCCGCUGCCGUUUCUUCGGCUGCACCGUUUGUCAUCCCUGGAACCGCAUUGGCUUUCUUCCCGAUCGGUCUUGUCGUCACAUCAGUAUGGGCCCUCUUCUUCUUCCUAGCCGUCGGGUUUGGAACAUACGGUCGCAUUCAGUACCGUGACCAGUACAGGAGGCGUGUGCGAGCUGAACAGGCACGUGGUGUUCGCACCAUCUAAUACCUAUUUUUGGUGCUUUCAUUCGUCCUACUAUUACCAAGAG